GGAUGAUGCGCAAGCAAUCCACCGCCGACUCCCUGACCUGGGGCUAUAGCAAGGAGAACGGACCUGAUAACUGGCAUGUAUCUUACCCAAUAGCCAAAGGGAACAAUCAGUCACCUGUUGCAAUUCUUAGCAAAGAUGUCUUCAAAGACCCUGCUCUUUUGCCUUGGUUUACUGGCUAUGAUCCAGGUGCAGCUAAGAACAUAAGAAACACUGGGAAAAUAUUGCGGAUUGCAUUUGAUGAUACUUUUGAUCGCUCAGUUCUUAGGGGAGGACCACUUUCUGGGAUUUACAGGCUCCGUCAGCUUCAGAUCCACUGGGGUUCUACCAGUGACAAAGGUUCAGAGCAUGUGGUGGAUGCAAAAAGGCAUGCAGGAGAGAUUCAUUUGGUACACUGGAACUCCUCCUAUAGUAAUUAUGCUGAUGCUUUGAGAAAAACUGAUGGCGUGGCUAUCAUAGCCAUUCUAAUGCAAGUAGGAAAAAACCCUAAGCCAGAAAUGAAAAGAAUUAUUGAAGAAAUAGACGCUAUCAAAACAAAGGGAAAAGAGGCUCCUUUUCCAAACUUUGAUCCUUCCAUCCUCUUCCCUCAAAAUCGAAGUUACUAUACUUAUCAAGGCUCUUUUACAAUGCCUCCGUGUGAAGAGUGCGUUACCUGGAUUGUUAUGAAAGAGCCUAUCAGUGUUGAUGAGCAGCAGAUGUUAAAGCUGCGUAGCCUUUCUAGCAAUAGCGCAGAAGAUCCUCACUGUCCUUUACAGGACAACUGGCGGCCUCUUCAGCCUCUCAAUAACAGAAUGAUACGAUCAACAUGUCAAUAGACUCUCCACUACAGUUGCUGUCUUGAGUCAUGAAGAUCUAAGGUUUUACACUCAUGUUGUAUAUAGGUGGUACUUCCUCUGGAUCUAUGCUGUUGAGCCAUUGAUCUAUUAAGCAAUGAAGCAGGGCAAGUUAUUAAAUGAAUAUAACUUCUGUAGGAGGAAAAAAUAACGAUAGUAAAACUUUAACUUGUCUAUUGAUAUGCUGUGGACUCUCUCUUCAUAUGUCAUAUACCAUUUGCCAUGAUGUUACAGAGACUGAGAAGUGUCUAUCAAAUGCUUCCUUGCUAGCCUUACUCAUUUGGCUGCUCCUGCCUACUGAACUGGCUAAACUGUUUUCUGCAAUCAGAUGUCUUUUCCAUGUGUGGGUUUGAUCUUAUCCUGAUUUGAUUAUUUAGUCAUUUAUUCUGUAGCAAUGCAGAUAGUGUGCAUUAUAUUCAGAAUCGCUGUUAUAAAUGGGAAGAAAUUUCAUAAUGCAAUGAGAUUUUCA